AUGCCGAUCGCGUGGGUCCCGCUGAGCCUCCUCCUCGGCUCCAUCGUCUCGCGGACGUGGAGCGCGCACACGUCGUGGGACGGCCGCAACUUCGGGAACGAGUUCGGGACGCGCAGCGCUCAGCCGCACAUCGUCUUCAUCCUGGUGGACGACCAGGGCUUCCGGGACGUGGGCUACCACGGCUCCGAGAUCAAGACCCCGACCCUGGACCGGCUGGCGGCGCAGGGCGUCAAGCUGGAGAAUUACUACGUGCAGCCGCUGUGCAGCCCGUCCCGGAGCCAGCUGAUGACCGGCAGGUAUCAGAUCCACACGGGCCUGCAGCACUCCAUCAUCCGGGCCACGCAGCCCAACUGCCUCCCGCUGGAGAACGUCACGCUGCCGCAGAAGCUGCAGCAGGCGGGUUACUCCACCCACAUGGUGGGGAAGUGGCACCUGGGCUUCUACAAGCGAGGCUGCCUGCCGACGCAGCGGGGGUUCGACACCUUCUUCGGCUCCCUGCUGGGCAGCGGGGACUACUACAGCCACUACAAGUGUGAGGGGCCCGGCAUGUGCGGCUACGACCUGUACGAAGGCGAGGAGGCGGCGUGGGAGCAGGACCGCGGGAUGUACUCCACCGUGAUGUUCACUCGCAAGGCCGUCGGCAUCCUGGCCAAUCACGACCCUCGCAGACAGCCGCUGUUCCUCUACCUGGCCUACCAGGCGGUCCACUCCCCCCUGCAGGCUCCGGCCCGCUACCUGGAACGCUACAAGGCCAUCCCCAACCCGCACCGCCGCAAGUACGCCGCCAUGGUGUCCUGCCUGGACGAAGCCGUGCACAACCUCACCCUGGCCCUGAAGCGCUACGGUUACUAUGACAACACGGUCAUCGUGUACUCCUCGGACAACGGGGGCCAGCCGCUGGCCGGGGGCAGCAACUGGCCCCUGAGGGGCAGCAAGGCCACCUACUGGGAGGGGGGCAUCAGGGCGGUGGGGUUUGUCCACAGCCCCCUGCUGGUGAACAAAGGAACCAAAUGCCGAUCUCUGGUCCACAUCACGGACUGGUUCCCCACGCUGGUCACUCUCGGGGAGGGAACUAUUGACGAGGACCUGAACUUGGACGGGUACGACGUCUGGGAGGCGAUCAGCGAAGGCCGCCCAUCCCCCCGCCAGGACAUCCUCCACAACAUCGACCCCAUCUACGUCAAGGCCAAGAACGGGUCCUGGAAGGCCGGGUACGGCCUGUGGAACACGGCGGUGCAGGCGGCGCUGCGGGUCGGCCACUGGAAGCUGCUGACCGGCGUGCCCGGGUACAGCGACUGGGUGCCGCCGCAGACCUUCUCCAACCAGCGGCUGACCAACCGCUGGCACAACGAGCGCGUCCGCUGGGACCGCGGCAAGUCCGUCUGGCUCUUCAACAUCAGCGCCGACCCGUACGAGCGGGCGGACCUGUCGCAGCGCUACCCGCACGUCGUCAAGAAGAUGCUGAUGCGGCUGGCCCAGUACAACCGGACGGCGGUGCCGGUGCGCUACCCCUCCAAAGACCUGCGGUCCAACCCCCUGUACAACGGGGGCGUGUGGGGGCCCUGGUUCAAAGACGAGAGGGAGCGGCAGGAGGAGGAGGAGCAGUACCGUAACCUGUUCGGCAACCAUCUGGGGAGAAGAAAAUGGAUAAAGAAACUGAGAAACAGGAAGUCCAAGAGGAAGACAGAAUAGAAACAUUUGUGAAAGACUAACUUUGCCUUUUCUCAGGGUCCGGCCGUCCCUCUCCAGGGUGGUCUUCUCAGAUGCCUUUAACCUGACUCCAGUGCAUACUGUAUGAAAGAAAACUGCAGAUGGGCCUUUCUCCAGAGAGAAUUAGGAAAAGAUCACUUGUUCAAACACUACUGCCAUGCCCAGACACAACGAAGACCUCAUGCUAGUGCGCCGAGCAUUUCAAGAAUGUUUAUUUUUCUAGAUUGUGUUGCAUGCUUGAACUGUUGUCACCUCUGGCUCGUUCUUGUAGAUUCAUGUUUCCCUUAGAGUUGGAAAUAAAUCCUCGUAGACAGUUGCCAUAAAUGGUUGGCGACAGAGAAGUAAAGUUCAGUAAUGUUGAUAGUUUUGUGGAAGCAGAUGUAGGGUCUGUGUGAUGUGUGAGUGGAUGUACGGCGGUUUUACAAGCACAGUCUCUCGGUACUGUAGAAGAAUAGACUGUUCUCUCUUUAAGACGCUGUCUGGUCGGGCACCGGGCCA